UGGGCGGGACAGCGCUCGGCUGUCCCAGAGCUGCGGCUCCCCGGUACCGUGGAGAUCUGCGCCUUUGCUGGUCUCAGGAAGCACCUGCGAGCCGCACGCCGAGGGCCUGCCGGGCUGCCCCUUUUGCACCCCCGGCCUGGUGGGUGGAAGUGGGGUCUCCGGGCGGGUAGGCUCCGGGUGGGGGCGUGGAGACUGAGGGUCGAACCGGCUGCAAGAGUGGGAGCUCCAGGGUCAUGGAUAUGGACCUUUUGCAGUUCCUAGUCUACCUGUUUGUCCUGCUAGUGUCUGGGACAGGAGUCACAGACACUCAGAGGACCUCCGUGGACCCGAGCCUGGAGAUCUACAAGAAGAUGUUUGAGGUGAAGCGACGGGAGCAGCUGUUGGCAUUGAAAAACCUGGUACAGCUGAAUGAUGUCCACCAGCAGUACAAGAUCCUUGAUGUCAUGCUCAAGGGGCUCUUUAAGGUGCUGGAGGACUCCCGGACAGUGCUCCUUGCUGCGGACGUGCUCCCAGAUGGGCCCUUCCCCCAGGAUGAGAAACUGAAGGAUGCUUUCUCCCAAGUGUUGGAGAACACGGCUUUCUUCGGCGAUGUGGUGCUGCGCUUCCCGAGGAUCGUGCACCACUACUUUGACCACAACUCCAACUGGAACCUCCUCAUCCGCUGGGGCAUCAGCUUCUGCAACCAGUCGGGCGUCUUUGACCAGGGGCCCCACUCGCCCAUCCUCAGCCUGAUGGCCCAGGAGCUGGGGAUCAGCGAGAAAGACUCUGACUUCCAGAAUCCAUUUAAAGUAGACCACACAGAGUUCAUCUCUAGCACCGACCCUUUCCAGAAGGCCCUGAGAGAAGAGGAGAAACGUCGGAAAAAAGAGGAGAAGCGGAAAGAGAUCCGAAAAGGCCCGCGGAUUUCGCGAUCCCAGUCCGAGUUAUAGCCCCGUUGCAGCCCAUGGUUCAAGGGGCCAGGAGGAAGAGGAGGAGUCAGCGUGGCCAAGGUGAAGCGGUGCCGUCUGGUUGGUGGUGAGACUCGGCACCUGUGAGAGGGGAGGCCAUGUUUGCUUGGCCCCCGGAAGCCGGCUUUGAGCCCAGCUGCAGGGACUGGGCCGCGGAGGGCUUGGGUUUCCUCCCGGGGCCUCCCUGGAGGGAGCGUUGAGGGGACCCUGUGCCGCAAACACAACUCUGGAGGUGCUGGGGGAGGUAGGAGGGGUGCAGGACUGGACCCUCCCAGUGGUUAGUACUGAUGCUCGGCUGGCUGCUGCUCUCCAUGGGGAGGCAGCGGAACCGGGGUCUGAGCCACGUGUGGAGGUGCCACUCCUGCUGCUGGCUGCACUGUGUCACUGAGCCACAGGGCACAAGGUCCAGCCCCCUGCGGAGACACAAUAAAAGUCGGCAAACCCUCUGGGCAAAUCACAGCUGGUUUUGGCCCUAGGAAGCUGUGAGGCCUUUUCCAGGCAGGUGGCGCGGGGCCUGGGUAGGGGAACCAGAGGCCCUGUGCGGUGUAGAGAGCACCUUAGAGGAUGUUCCGCUUCAUCAGGGAGCCCCAGGCUCUGGCGGGGCAGCAAAGUAGGGCUUGGCUUAGGCCUCCGAAUCGCUUCUCUGCACUGUCCUUGACGAAGGGUCAGUGUUGGAAAGGGACUGGAAGUGUCCUGGGUGGGUGUUUAUCCAAGGUGACCUUGGAGUAACAUGAUCUCUAUCCUCAGCUAACUGGGGACAGCCAUAGAGCAAGCACAGGAAAGAGUCAGCUGUCCUUUCUGGCAAUGCGGCGAGACCCUCAGCCUGUGGGCUGCAGCUCUGCAGAAGACUGCAUUGUCAUGGCAGGGCUGUCCCAAGCUGGAUGAGUCAGGCAGUGAGCUCUCUGCCCCAGGAGGUGUGCGAGCAGAGACCCGUGGUCACCACCAGGCAGGAAAGCUGCAGGGGCCUGAGCGAGCAGCUGCCCUUCAGUUGUGCUCCGCCCAGGCAGAGUAGGGAGGAGCUCUGGUGGGAUUUCCAGCUCUGUCUCUUCGACCUUGCAAAGCCAGGGUCUGCUUCUUAAAAGGAGAGAGACAUAACCACCCCAGAACCUACCACCACCACCACCACCAACAGAGCCCAAGGGAGACCUGAGUCUUGUCUCAGCCCAUCAGGCUUGCUGAGUGACCCCGGUCCACCCCUUCUCUGUUCUGUAGCUUCACUGGCAACGUGAAUACGAUAACAUCUGAACUGCUUCUCCAAGGCUGGGACCUGGCUUCUCAAUGACGGGUGUCCUUCUCUGAUGGUUCUUCAUUCGUCCCAUAGAUUUGCUGAGCACCCACUGUAAGCCCAGCCAAAGAGAGGGGUCCAAUCUUACCUGUCUUCACCUCUGCCCCAUCUGGUACCUUCAUCCUCCUGGGCUCUUCCUUCUACAUCUUCGGCCUCUCUCCAUCUUGGUUGAUCUCUUCCUCUCCAUCUUCAAAUGGUUCCAAGUUUUCUCAUCUGACACCUUCAGAGAAACAAACAGAACUGCCCUGCUUUCCCCCCUCCUUCCCUUUGCUGCACUGUGGAUUGUGUGGUGACUUGUUCCUGGAACUCCACCAUGAGUCAUACUGUAGGCAGAGCCUGUCCGCUCCCCUGCUGGAGCUCAGAGGCCCUAGGGUACUCGUUUGUCCAGCCUCCUUGUAGCUAGCAUUCAGUUAGUGACUGAUGUGCCACUAACCAGAUGCACUGUGUGAGUGUGGCGGUGGAAACAGUGGCCCACAGGGUCAGGGGGAUUCCUAGUGGCCAGACCAGCUCCCAGGGUGCCUGCUGGUGGCAACAGUGAUGUCUUCAUUGGUGCGUUCAGCAUGGUCUUGGAUGUCGUUCCUGUCUGUUGAGCUUCCAGACACGAUCUGUGACACCCGUGGAAAAUCUGGGUGCUCCCAGUAUCCCCUAAGACAGAGCUCCUCAGCAGUGGCACUGUUCACAUUUGGGACCAGAUAAUUGUUUGUUGUGCAGAGGUCUGUGUAUGUGAGAUAUGAGCAGCAUUCUUGGCCUCUACUUACUAGCUGUCUGUAGUCAUCUCCCAGCUAUGACAACCAAAGAUGUCCCCUGGGGCAAAACCUCCCUGGCCACAUCCCUUCCUCCUCCUCAUCUCAGCCCCACAUCUUCCUGUGCUGUCCCAUCACUGCCCGGAAAUGCUGUUGAUAGUUCCUGAGGACCCUCCCAGGCCCGGGGCCACUGUGUUGUCCUUGUUUUCUGCUCUUGGUCUGAGUCUGCUCUGUCUCUUCCCGACUUCUCUUUCCUCACCUGCGCCCUGAAUAGAGUUUACUGGCUUAGUCUCUCCUUCCUUCUUCUUGACAGCUGCAUCCUCUAAGACAGGGAUAGGGAACCUUUUUUCUGCCAAGGGAUAUUUAUAACAUCAUUCUCCAGGCAUAUAAAAUUAUCAACUUAAAAAUUAGCCUGCUGCCUAGCCGGGUGUACUCAGUGGUUAGAGCAUCGGUCCUCAGACUGAAGGAUCCUGGGCACAUACCUCAGUUUCUCGCUCGAUCCCUGGCCCCGCUUGGGAUGCGUGGGAGGCAACCAGUCAAUGUGCCUCUCACAUCGAUGUUUCUCUGUCGCUCCCCCUCCCUCUCACUCCCUCUAAAAAUCAAUGGAGAAAAUAUCCUCGGGUGAGGAUUAACAACAACAAGAAAUUAGCCAGGUGUAUUGGGUCAAACAUUGAAUUAACUCGCCCCCAGUGCCUUGGCAGGGCCAGACCAAAUGAUGACUAGUAGACCCGCAAGCUGGCUGUUCCCCACUCCUGCUCUCAGACCACAAAGCUGAUGGCACUUGCCCUGUUGUCACCGGAUAAGCCUCAAUCCUUAUGUUUCAACGUACCCAAAACCAAAUGUUAUUUUCCACCCUGAAGCCUACCUCUGUGUUAAACCAUGAGAUACGUGCUUUUGCUUAAUCCUGGAGGAAACGAUACAUGAACUGAAUCCUAAAAGGUGGGGGGAGGAGGGAGGAGGAGACAGACUGACAGAGGCCUACAAGGGAGGCAUCAGAAGCAGUAGAUGAUCAAACGUGCCAAGUUCUCUUCCAUGACCCGUCUGUGGUGGGUGUCUGGACAUAAUGAUCACCUGGUCCAACCCCUCCCUUUUCACAUGAAGAAUGCAGGUCCUGGAGAGUGACUUGUCUGAGGCUGCUCUAGCCCUGGAGCCAGCCUCGGUUCUCCCCGCCAAGGCGGGGUGCCAGCGGGAAGAGCUGUUAGGUUAGGUGAGAAGCCAGGGUCGGAGGGAGAAUGUCAGUGUUCUUUGCUAAGGCUGGGUCCAGUGCCACCACCUUUCUUCUACAGUUUUUACUGAGCCUUCAUUUGUGCUCCCUCAGGCUACUUCGCUAGGAACCAGGGCCUCUGGGCAGGUUGUGUCCACCUACUUAACCUGAUGCUCCUACAGCAAGCAUGUCAAACUCAUGGCUCACUGGCCGCAAGUCUGACAUGCUGUCCUACAGCUUCCUGUGGGGGUUUCUAAGGGAAUGAGAGGGCACUGGACCAAAUUGAGUCAUAGGGUAGGCCAGCAGAUGGUUUCCCUCCCUCUCACCCCCCCCCCCCCCACAGUAGGGGGAGCCCUGUGAGAGCCACUAAGAGGUGCAGUUGAAGGUCACAUUGUCCAGCUCAGUGCCUGGUCCAGAGCUGGGCAGCAGGGUUUGGUUUCCUGUUUCAGGGGGAGACCGGAGACCGGUAUAAUCAAUACCAGCUCUAGUCUGUAAACAAUGAGAACAUUCCUGUCUUUUUCCCCCCCAAAACAAGACUAUUUAUGUUAUACAAUUCAUUAUAAAAAAGCAUACUGAAGUAUCAAGAAGACAGUAAAAUUUACCCUAAACCCACCAUUCCCAUAACCAUGACUGACAGUCAGCUGUUGGGCCUUGCAUCCAUUUGCCCUUCAUGUGAGGGCGUAGAUCCCUGUUCUUUUCAAUUACAGUAGCUACUUUGUGUGGGCACUUACUACAUGCCAGGCUAUGCCACGUGCUGGCUGGUAGCAGCUUCUGCUGCCUCGGGGUCCUUGUCCAUGUUGUCUGUUGCUCCAGCUACACCAACACCAUCUGCAGGUCUCUCCUCAUUGUGUUAAGUUUUGUCGUAAAUGUGGGCGGCUUUCCUGACAUCCCAGGUCAGAUCCCUUGUUAGUUUCAUCGCACCCUGUUACUUUUCUUUGAUCGCUUGUGCUAUUUAUUGUCUGGGUUUUUUUUUGUUUAACAGUUGUUCACUAGACUGGCAGCUCUCCGAAGACAGGAACUAUUUCUGUUUGCCUGCCACAGAGGUGUUCAAUAAAUAUUAUCAAAGACUGCA